AUGUCCAAGAGACGUCAAACAGCACUCCAGGCCGUUCAGGCCCUCAAUGAUUGGGACAUUGAGGCAAUCAUGUCAUAUCGCCAUGAAAGUUGUAUCCACGAGAUGCUUCCAAAGUCUCUUGAGCGACCUCCUGCAGACAAUGCAACCUUUCGCAAACACUUCAGCGCCUUGAUGCCGUUACUCAAGAACUACAAGGCCGAGGUGGAAGAUCUUGUAGAGGACGCAGCCAGCAAUAAGGUGGCUGUUCAUAUCCGAGGAAGUGCAGACUCGGACUUUGAACCAUAUCGUAACGAAUUCAUCAGUAAGUGGCGUCGGUAA